AUGGGCUCCAUCACCAACUCCGAUCCCCUCUUCCAGCCUCUCCAGCUAGGAGCUCUAUCCCUCUCCCACCGGGUAGUACAAGCCCCAUGCACCCGGAUGCGGGCGACCAAAGAAUCCGACGGGGUGUAUGUCCCCAAUGACUUAAUGGUAGAAUACUACAGCCAACGGGCCACCCCGGGGGGCCUUCUGAUCACCGAAGCCACCCCAAUCAGCCGCUACGCCGCCGGCUACCCCAACGUCCCCGGCAUUUUCACCCCCUCGCAAACCACCGCCUGGAAGACCAUAACCUCCGCCGUACACGCCAAAGGCGGGCUCAUCGUGUGCCAACUCUGGCACGUCGGGCGCGCGACCGUCCCCUCCCUCCUGGACAACCACCCCGUCCUCGCCCCCAGCACCAUCCCCAUCACCGGCCCCGCCCUAACCGGAACCCCCUACGCCCUUCACCCGCCCCGCGCCAUGACCAUCCCUGAAAUCCACACCGUCGUGGCCGACUACGCCGCGGCGGCCCAACGCGCUAUCGCUGCUGGCUUCGACGGAGUGGAAAUCCACGCCGCGAACGGAUACCUCCUCGACCAGUUUUUGCACGAUAAUGUGAAUACCCGGGACGAUGAAUACGGGGGGAGUGUAGCGAAGCGAGCGCGGAUUGUGCUGGAGACCAUCGCAGCAGUGAGUAGCGCGAUUGGUGCGGACCGGGUGGGGGUGCGGUUGUCACCGUAUAAUUAUUUCCAGGAUACGAGGGAUUCGGAUCCCCAGAGGCACUGGGUGGAGGUUUGUCAGUUGAUUGCGGGGAUGGAGGGGGGGGUCAGGCCGGCGUAUGUGCAUAUGGUGGAGCCGCGGUUUGAUGAGGUGUUGGAUGAGAGUGCGAAGAUGGCGUCGUUGCCGGGGUCGAAGCCCGGGUUGGAUGUGUUUCGGGCGGUGUUGAAGGAGGCCGGGGUGGGGUUUAUUGCGGCGGGGGGGUUUGAUGGGGUGAAUGCUAAACUGAAGGUGGGUGGGGGGGGAGCGGACGCGGUGGCGUUUGGGAGGUGGUUUAUUGCGAACCCGGAUUUGCCGAGACGGUUGGCGGAGGGGUGGGAGUUGGGGAGGUAUGAUCGGGGGACGUUUUAUGGGGCGGAACCGGCGGAGAGGGGGUAUACGGAUUAUCCG